AAAGAAAACGACCAAAACGAACCAAACGUCAAACACUAACAACAAUCAAAAAUGCCAAACACAUUUUGAACCAAAAAAUUAUACAAAUGUACUUUUUUAACUAAAGACACAAGAAAGAAGUGAAGAAACAUGUGACAUUGCUAUGAUGGGGAUGUAGAAGUGGAUACCAUGGUGCUCCCAGAUGACGUCAUCGCUCUCGUCCAUGACUUGUCCAGCGAUGGGCUCGCUGUCACACUCAUUGGCCCACCAGUUAAGAGGCCUAAAGGGUCCAACCAACCACAGUACCAAAGUUUAUCAAAAUCAGAGCAGCAGUUGGAAAGAUAUAAUGGAAUUAAUUCCGCAGAGCGAUCGAAAUCUACAGAGAAUUGUAAAGCCCGUUUCCCAUCGAGAUACGUAUAUAAUGAUGAAAAGCCAGAUGUAGCCAGUGAUAAUGAAAGCAAGAAAAAGAAAUACAGCUCUAUGUGUGGAGAAGUGUGGUUGAAUAGAGACAGCGAAGUGAUACAUAAGAAGCUGUCCAAGAAGCUUGAUGUCCGGUACAUAAAUCAAAUCAAGAAUUUCAAAGAGAAGAUCAAAUCUUCUUAUGUGCUUUCUUGCAAUCAGCAACAAUGUCCCAUAAUCCAGGAGAGGCUGACCCAACACCAGCUCAUGCACCACCUCAAUACAAAGAAGAUAGAGUUUGUCGUGCAGAGGAAGAACCGUGAUAAGGCCGUAAGUUCAAAUAAGAUCAACGUCUCUCCAACACUGUCCAGAAUGAGAUUACCAAAGUUCACGCUACCGUUCUCCCACGACGGUCGACUAGUCCAAACAGAAAUCACAAUGAGAGAUUUCAGUCCCAGCCGAUUCCCACGGAAACAGCCAAACAGAGUGGUCAAUUUUGACAGAGAUAUAUCUCUGAAGAGAUCUGAAACGAGAGAAGUCCUAUCUAAGAGGAAUUUCUAUAAAGAACAUCUGCAAAAUGAAAUACUUAACUGGCUACAUCAUGUACCAAUGUUUUACUCUCUCAACUUUACUAUCAAAGAUAUAAAACAUAACGUAGUUCACAAUUUAGCAGAAAAACUUAAUUCAUUAGUAAGUAUAGCUCAUGAACCAUCAUACGAAAUGAAAGUCAAGGUUGAAAUAGAGAACUGUUUGAAUAAACUGCCCAUGUGGCUGCAUGGAACAAAACGGGACCAAAUGCUAUUCAAAGAAGGAUUAAGAGAAAAACUUUGGAAUAAAAUUAAGGGAAUCAAUGAAAACUUCCUUGGAAUUAAGUACGAGAAGACAAUUGGCCCAAGGAAUGUUGUAGUAAACGACGACCCAAUGGCAGUUUUUGAGAGAGAAGCAAUGGAAUGGUCGCAGAAGCUUCAGCUAGACCCAGCAAAGGGAGUCACUAAACGUAAUGUGGUGGCCUUGAUAAUGAAAAGACUAACACCACUGCUGAAGAUACCACUUAACACGACAAGCUACAAGCUCAUCUUAAAAGGGGAAAUUAUUGACAUUUUGGAUGAUACGCCACUAGCUUUGACCAGUCAAAAAUUUAGGACUGUAUAUCUUAAUAGACUUGCCGAAGACCUCACAAAUCGUUUACUGGCCGUCCAGGUGAAUAAGAAGCAAUCAAAUAAUAAAACUGCUGGAACUAAUGUUUCGGUGUUCCAUCAAUGCGCUGGCCAGAUUAUGGGUAUACCUAUACCUAAAACACUUGGUAACUUGAAAGAACUUAUAACAGACAGAGUCGGAGAAUGCUUAGAGAAAAUUAAAGUUUGCCAUCGUAAUGACCUUCAAAGUGAAAUUUGUUCUUCUUUCUUAGAUUCCAAAGCUUGUUUACGUGCAGGUGAUGAAGUGAGCAUCAAAGAUGAGAUCUGCCAGUAUUUACGCGACACUGGUAGAAUUUCAGGUGAAAGAACACAAAUUGUUGCUAAUAUGAUAAUGGAAAAAGUAAAAGACGUAAUACAUCAUGAUACUAGACACUCGGCUGCAACCAGCUUUGAUUCGGUAAUACCUCAGUUAUCAAGUACAGUCACAAUUUACAGGUGGGGAUUUGGUAAAAAGAAAACCGACGCACCUGUAACAUCUACUCCGAUAAAAUCGGAUAAAAAAGAAAUAUCAAAAUUAAGCCCUGAAGAAACAUCUUACAUAGAUAAUGUAUCAAAAGUAAUAAGAUCAUGGAUGGACACGCUACCAAAACAAUAUAACGAAGAUGUUAAUUUCAAAGAAACUAUAAUACGCGAUCUGGCUGGCGAUCUCAUGGAUCAUUUCAAAGUAGAUCAGUUAGCACCAGAAGCGUUUCCAGAUAAGGACAAAUAUCAAAAAUAUGUUGUAUACAGAUGGUUGUACAAAUUCAACUUUUACGAUGACGAUAAAAUUGCUGAAGAAGCUAAGCCUCGUAUAGCUGAUUUCCUUAAAAGAUUAAAUGGUGUGCCAGUACCAAACUUAACUGCAUCUCAACAUGGUACUCGACAGGCGAUGGGACAUAUAAAACACAUGGAAGGUGAGAAAGGCUGGGAAGAAGACUAUGUACCAAAAGGUGUUGACGUCUUAGAAGACCAGAUAUCGGUCUGGCUGAACGAACAGCCAUCAGAAAUUUAUAGCAACAAAGAUAAAAACGUGAGAGAUAAAAUGGUUCAUGAAUUAGCUCUUAAUAUGCAAGAUCGUCUGCGAAAUAAAAGCCCAGAAUCUGAGAUAGACAAAGAUAUUAAUAGUUGGGUCAAAAAAAUGGUAAAAUACAAGGAAAGGGAGCACGUUGGCGUGCUAUCGCAGAAUUUAAAGGAAAGGAUCAUUGAUACACCUCAAGACCAAACUUUACAAGGUAGACAAGAGGAAAGGCAACGCUAUAUGGCUGCAAAGAUUGCUGAAAAGAGACAAAAGCAAGCUGGACCAUCAGACCGAGUCCAACAAGAUGUAAGUAACGUAGGCAACAUACAGGGUGAUCCCGACAGAACUAUAAGGGAAUUUAUUCCUCUUUUCAUACAACGUCAUUACAAUAUUGAUGAUCCUUUAAUCUUCAAUGCAUUCGCUCACUUACUGAAAACUGAAUUAAGACUACAAGACGUUAACACUAGAAAAGAAAUAUACGAAUACUUUGAACAAUCAAAGGUUCAUGAAAGGUUUAGACCUGAAAAAUAUAAAAGCAGUUUAGACUACUAUAAAAUUAUAUCUAACUGGUUAAACGACAUUCCUAUAGAAAAACAAUUCAAUACACCAGAUAACAAAACUAGAAUAGAAUUUAUAAACGAUCUCGCUAAGAAUAUUGAAGAAAUUGAAGAACAGAGAUAUCAGAAUCCAAAUGCAAUGGAAUACAAUUACCUGACAGCUUCAAUGAUACUGCAAACAAUGCAUACGUAUGGUUUACCGAUACUACCUGAACAUAAAGAUAAUACUCCCCUAAUGGUAGAACAAUUACUUCAAAGACUUGCUGAAAGACGUCCUAUUUCGCCUAGACAGACUCCUAGAAGUCAAGCAAGAUCGCCAGGUAACGAAUCUAACGAACUAAGUCAGUCAUUAAACGCAAGUGAUAUAAAAGAACAGAAUUUAAGCGAUUUCAUUGACGAUUAUAUUCGUAUAAAUGGGGCGGAAAUAGCUGAUGAUGAUAUUAAAUUUGAAAUUUGGACCAGUAAUCUGUACAAAGAAGUAAACAAAAUGAUUAAGGACGGAAUGAAUCCCUCGGCACCAAAUAAAGCUCUGCUCUAUGAAAAAUUUGCUGACGUCCCCAUACCAAGUGAUGAAGACGUUAAUCGCUGUAAUUACAAUACUAAAUACAGGGAAGACAUUAUUGACUGGAUGCAUAACCUUCCUAUUGUGUUACCAAACUUUGAUUUUCAAGAAAAGAGAUUCAAAAUGAUUGCUGAAUUGUCCGAGAAAAUGUGCGAGACAGAUUUGCUAAGACGAGCAUAUCCCAACGAUAAGAAAGGUGAUAAAAAAUUAGAAUCGUACAUCGGUGAUUGGGUAUCAAAAUUACCACUAGAUAAAAACAGACCAAUCGUGUUGCCAAUAGUUACACAACAACUCAUGAGUAGAAUGGAUAGAGUGAAUAACAUUUUAAAAGUAAAAUCUAGUGAUAAUGUAAUAAAUUCAUCUUCAAAUUCAUCAAAUUCUAACAGUAGCAUCAAAUCCAAAAAGGAUAAUAAACAAAAUGUUUCUAAGGGAGGCAGCAAAAGUUCAAUAUGCAGCUUAUUUAAGUCUAAGAAAACGCCAGCAGAAUCAAUAGUUGAAACCAUUGAAUCUUGGUGCAACAAGUUGCCUAUCAAAGAUAAAGAUAAAGGGGCAGUAAAGAAAAUGAAACAAGGCAUAGCUAGGAACUUAUACCAAAAGACUACCGAACUGAAUUUAGACCCAAAAGUCUUUAAUGAUGACUUACUAUACCGAGAAAUGCUGGGUGACGAAAUCGAUACGCAAUUAGAAAAUGUUCCACAGAAUCCUGAAUUACAGAAAAAUAGAGAAAAACUUAAAGAAAAUUUGAUAAACAGUAUUAUGGAAACUAAUAAAGUCAUCAAAGAAAAAUCAACAGGGGAAAAUUAUAGAAAUAAAUUAGAAACUACUUUAGACGCGUCGAUUCCUAACCCAGUGCAAAGUACGCAUAUGUUCGAUCCAGGAUUUGAGUUGUAUAAAAAUCACUUAGCUAGUAUGUUCAUUUUAGAAAACUUUGAUCACGCUAAUGAAGAUGUUAAGGCAAAAUAUGAAAACCAAAUCAAACAAGAAACUGACAAAUAUUUCGAAAGCGCACGAAACAGAAAUGCUCUGCCUCUGACAAAGGACCAAAUUUACAACGAACUCUAUAGUGCAUUAUUCAAAGUUCCUAUGCCUAAUGAAACAUCAGUCAUUGAUGAAGUAGAACAAGUUAAAACAAGAUGUGUAAUAGACGGCUGGUAUGAGAGCCUUCCCGUUCAACAUACCGAUAAUUUAACUGAACUACUAGAAAGAGACAGGAUACUUUCUACACUCGCCAAAAGAAUACAUGACAUAGAAAAGACAAAAAGUUGUAAAGUAGACGACCAUAUUCUUAAAGAAACAAGAAAAUGGCUCGAUAAACUUCCUCUGACCGCUGGCCAUGAAGGACAUGACGUAUAUGCGAAAAAAUUACUAAAACUCUUGAAAUCAACGUCAAAAGAUAGAAAAUACGUUCCUGCUGACAAAACAUGUAAAGGAAAGUGUAAUGGUGGAAAAGGAGUUAAGAAUAAGAAAGAAUCAAAGAAAGGGCCACAAUUGCAAUCAAAAGCAACCCACGCAAAACCUUGCAUACAAGCUACACCUAUGGCUCAUAAGAAACCAGGUGACAUUAUAGUAGAAAUAGUGGAUGAAUGGUGCAACCAACUGCCAUUAAAUUCAACAGAGGAACAAAAUAAAGUCAUUAGAGACAACAUAUCUACCAGAAUCAUCAUUCAAAUCAGCGAAUUAAAUAUGGACCCAGAGAUCUUCAAUGAUGAUGUGGUUUACACUGAAUUACUGGAUGAGGAACUUGAAGGUAUUUUGUCCAAUAUACCUGUAGAUCGUAAUUUUGAAAAUACUAAAAUCGAGAGAAAACAUCAACUUAUAACAAAGAUAAUUUCAAUAAAACCACUAAUCAAAGAAGAAAAAGCAAGACAUGAGUACAAACAAGAACUCAAUAGCACCGUAGCUAGCAUUUUAACAGAACCUCAAGAUACCACAGAAGGCAAACGAGCCCUUUUCAAUCAAUUGAAAGAAGAAAUCGUAGAAAAUUUUGUACAAUUCAAUUACAACAAACAUGAUGAGGAAGGGAGAAAACUUUAUAAGAAACAACUUAAUGAUGCAAUUCUUAAAUAUUGUGCCAACCUAAGAAAGAAUUGCCAAGAUGAAAAAGUGGACCCAUUAGUACGACGAAACCAGCUACUUUGUGAAUUAGAAAAAAUUCCAGUACCACAAACAGCUUUAAAAGAAGAAGUAGCUGAAAUCAAGAUGAGAAAAGAAGUGGAUCAAUUACUGCGUCAACAAUCAGUUCCCGAGGGAGAGCCAAGAAAUAAAAUGAAAAAACAUCUCGCUAAAAGGUUAUGUGACAUCGAAAAAUCAGGUUACACUCCAUCUAACGAAAAGAAAAUGAAAGUAGACAUUACUAGGUGCUUCAAAAAGCUAGACAAGGAUAUAAGUUCUAAGGAUGCAGACGACUUUAUUAAUAAACUUAAAAACAAUGAAUCGGAAAGAAAAGCGCCACCGCUUACCAGCAGUCAGGCUGGUGAAUUAAAUACCUCUACGAAACCUAGUGACACAUCAGGGUCAAUUUACGUAUCACGAGAUCAGGUGUUAACAAUAAAAAACAGAGAAGAUGCUAAAACUCCUCAGAAACACACAUCUUCUCAAAUACCUUCGCAGGUCGACAGUGGAGAACAAUGGGUGUCGUUGCCUGAAACAGUAAAUCGAAUGCCAAAUUCAUGUAGUCCAGCUUGCUCACACAACAGAACAGAAAACCGUAACAGAUAUCCGCCGGCAGCAAACCAAUUCGACCAAAGCGUAUCUCAACCAGUAGACUAUAAUGAUUUUGAGGGUGGGAAUUUCGUAAGUUCAUCAAAAGCUGCUCCUAAUAAUUACGCUAAGCCACCAUCAUGUUGCCAAAAUGAUACUAGAACUUCUCAGAAACAGAAUUCUCCUCAAAUACCUCCGCAGUACGACACAAGUCAAGGAGAACAGUGGAUUUCAUUGCCUGAAACAGUAAAUCGCAUGCCAGAUUCAAGUAAUCAACCUUCUUCAUAUUCUGGCACAGAAAAUCGUAGCAGAUAUCCGCCGGCAGCAAGCCAAUUCGAUCAAAGCGUAUCACAGCCAGUAGACUAUAAUGAUUUUGAGGGUGGGAAUUUCGUAAGUUCAUCAAAAGCUGCUCCUAAUAAUUACGCUAAAUCACCAUGUUGCCAAAAUGACACUAGAACUUCUCAGAAACAGAAUACUCCUCAAAUACCUCCGCAGUACGACACAAGCCAAGGAGAACAGUGGAUUUCAUUGCCUGAAACAGUAAAUCGAAUGCCAGAUUCAAGUAAUCAACCUUCUUCAUAUUCUGGCACAGAAAAUCGUAGUAGAUAUCCGCCGGCAGCAAACCAAUUCGAUCAAAGCGGAUCACAGCCAGUAGACUAUAAUGAUUUUGAGGGUGGAAAUUUCGUAAGUUCAUCAAAAGCUGCUCCUAAUAAUUACGCUAAGCCAUCAUCAUGUUGCCAAAAUGACACUAGAACUUCUCAGAAACAGAAUUCUCCUCAAAGACCUCCGCAGUACGACACAAGUCAAGGAGAACAGUGGAUUUCAUUGCCUGAAACUGUAAAUCGAAUGCCAAAUUCAAGUUACCAAACUCCGUCAUAUCCUGGACCAGAUAAUCGUAGCAGGUAUCCAGCACAACAAUUUGAUCAAAGUGUGGCAGAGCCAGGAAACUAUAGUGAUUUUGAGGGAGGGAAUUUCCUAAACUCAUCAAAAGCUCCGCCUAAUUACUACUCUCAGACACCAGGUCAAGUCCCAGCGCAAUUUGGCGUACCAAAUAAUCAGCCGGAUCAAAGAUCUAUGAACCAAUACUAUCAGUCUCCACAACAGCCACAGCAAGCUCCUAGAGAAUCAUCUCCAACAAGUUUUGGGCAGAUGGGCACACCCCGGCAAGUAGGUCAGAGUCCAGGAGGCGCACAUUCGCCACAAGAAGAUCCAACUCCGGAGUCUUUGUUCCAAACGCCAGUUUUUAGACCUGUGCCGUUCCAACGACAGUUGGUUGUUCCUCCUAGUCUCGAGCCAAGUCCAGUACAGGGACCACCGGGGUCCACUCCAGCACAAAACGAUCCUCAAUCACCUAUGCCCGGAUCAGCCAACCCUCGUUGCCUAUCCAUGCUCGCAGGUCGUAGAAUGCAGGGUUUCAAGGGUGAUGAAGAAGUAAUUUGCGUUUGUGAAAGAUGUACAGGGAAAAAUUGUAAGGGAAUUCCUCUUUGUGUGCUGGCGAUGCAGAAGUAUUUCGAAGAUUGUCUCGGAAUCCCCGUGUGCAUGCACUUCCCCGAAUGUUUUCGCCAAUGAAUUGUUAGUUCGUUAAGUAAAUGAUUUUGUUCAAACUGUCCAUACAAUAGUAGAAAUCGAUUGGUCUAAAAUAAUGCAGUGUGCAAGAAAUCUUAUCAAUUGAUCAUGAAAUAAAAUUAUUAAACUACAUUA